CGGGAGCAGGCUUUAUACAAUCUGUUAACUCUCGCGCUGCUCCUGUCCCAUGCGGGGACAUGGUUGAAGGACGGGAACACGUUUUUUCCCUACUAUAUUAGGGUACUAAUUUAUCAUUCUCCGCACUAUCGAAAAAGAUCAGGAAAAGAGAAGUGAGAGGAACAUAAAAGUUUUCCGAAACGAGAGGACUGAGUGAACGACAUAGAGCGACCGGGGCCAGGGCUCCUUGCUGAUCCGGUGUAAAUAUGACGUCUCUGUUCGGUUCUGCUCGCGCUCUGAACGCUGUUCUGAUCAAAGACAACCCGGGAUAAUAGAACAAUACUCCAGGGACCUCAACACACACAAACACACACACACGCACACACACACACACCACAGAGCGCGCGGCACAGCACAAACCAAUCCAGCAUGACAGCGCGAGCAGCAGCGGAGGAGCUCACCACAGACGGGCAACAGACCUCUUCAUCAGCAUGAGAUGAGGUCUAGAGACUUGUUAAUAAAGUUGUAUCAGUCAUUCAUUUAUCCAGCCACACUUCUACGGCCGCUCGGUCGGCACCUUCAGCAGAGGAGCACCAAAUAUAAGACAGAAGAAGACGCACGGUGCUGGGAACUACUGCACUUGUGAAAAGAAGACGCACGGUGCACUCCUGUCAGGGGAAAGUUGUGCGCAGCACCGGAGCUGGGGGAUACCUAUUUGGAAACGGACAGACGACGCACUGCGAGGACAGCAAGCGGUGUUGUGUGUAUUGGAGUGUGUGUGUGUGUGUCUAGUUGGAGUGUGUAUUGUAGUGAGGGAGUGUGUGUGUGUGUGUGUGUAGUUGAAGCGAUUAAAAGGUGUUUAAUCCUGGAACACGCAGCAGCGGGAUCGGCUUCUGUUUCACCUGGAACCCGCGAGUCAACAACACAACGCAGGGUAGUGCGAGGUGACUCUGCGAGGGGAAGGCGUGCUCCCCCCGGGGGGUAGGAGCGAUGAGCGCCCUGCGUAUCCCGGUCCUACUGGCGCUGCUGGUUCUCCUGCUGACUGCUGGCUUCUGUAAACAGAGCUUCCUGGACGUGAGCAAAGGGGCGCGGACGGACGGACACAACCUCCUGGAGCUCAUCAUGGACAAGGUGCGUCUGACUCGGCAACAGGACGAGGUACACGUGCGCUACCCCGCCAAAAAACAGGAGUUCACCUUGGAGACCAAGGAGGGGAAUGAAGUGAACAAGUCUCACCAUGGAGAACACAUCAUAGAGGUGUUCCCCAGAGACCUGAGACAAAAAGAAAAGUUCCUCAAACACCUAACAGGUCCUCUAUUCUUUAACCCAAGGUGUAGGAAACACUUCUAUAGACUGUACCACAACACCAGAGACUGUACCAUCCCUGCCUACUAUAAGAGGUGUGCCCGUCUUCUCACCAGACUGGCAGGCAGUCAGAGGUGUACAGAGAGGUAGAAUACCCUGAGCCCAUGAAAGAGAGAAGUGCCUUGAAAAGCAACGGGGAAUUGAGAUUGUUGGUUACGUUCGCACCACAGACUGCCACUGUUUGCAGAGAGCUCACACAAUACUCGACUCUACAUUCUAAAUGGUGCAAAUGAAGAGACUUGUUGGACUGAAGAAAAUACAUCCUCAUAGUUCUACUGCCAAAAACCAUGACGACACAACACGUGGAUACUAGUUUGGAUACUAGUUUACGACACUUGGAUUAUAUUUUUCGUACAACAUGCCACUCUCUGGGACUGCUUCUGUGGUCAUCGACAUGCCUUCACGUUUUCAUUUGAGUUGUUAAUCAUUUUGCUUUUGGAUUACGGUUGGAGAUUGGACGGUGGUCUCUGAGCUGCGGUGGUUGUGUGUUGUGGUCAGUGGCUUCAGACUGAAAUAUAGACAGUAGUCUUGAUCUUCUCUUCAGCUACAUUCCACAAAAGUGAACUAAUCUAAUCCCCAAUGAAAUGACUGACUGGUAGCCUGGUGGUAAUCUAAACCCUGAUGGAAUGACUGACUGGUAGCCUGGUGGUAAUCUAAACCCUGAUGGAAUGACUGACUGGUAGCCUGGUGGUAAUCUAAACCCUGAUGGAAUGACUGACUGGUAGCCUGGUGGUAAUCUAAACCCUGAUGGAAUGACUGAUUGAUCGCCUGGUGGUAAUCUAAACCCUGAUGGAAUGACUGAUUGAUCGCCUGGUGGUAAUCUAAACCCUGAUGGAUUGACUGACUGGUAGCCUGGUGGUAAUCUAAACCCUGAUGGCAUGACUGACUGGUAGCCUGGUGAUAAUCUAAUCCCCAAUGAAAUGACUGACUGGUAGCCUGGUGAUAAUCUAAACCCUGAUGGAAUGACUGACUGGUAGCCUGGUGGUCUGAAACAGGACUCUCAUGCUACCUAAGCAGGUAUACUCUGCCCUACUGCAGAAAGUCAACUCUGACAUUUUGAACAUUAUGGACACUGCAUGAAGACUAGUGUUGCAAAAUUCUGGUAAUUUUCCUCAAAUUCCCUUCGUUUUCCAGAAAUCCUGUUUGGAAGAUUGCUGGAAUCAAGCAGGAAAUCUGCGAUUCAUCCAAUCAGUUACAGGAAUUUUUCAACCCCAAUGAGGACCAAUCUGAAUUCACUGACUAUUCUCUACUACUGGCUAAACCUACAAAGUGUACUACUGGCUAAACCUACACAGUGUACUACUGGCUAAACCUACACAGUGUACUACUGGCUAAACCUACACAGUGUACUUCUGGCUAAACCUACAAAGUGUACUACUGGCUAAACCUACACAGUGUACUACUGGCUAAACCUACACAGUGUACUACUGGCUAAACCUACACAGUGUACUACUGGCUAAACCUACACAGUGUACUACAGGCUAAACCUACACAGUGUACUACUGGCUAAACCUACACAGUGUACUACAGGCUAAACCUACACAGUGUACUACUGGCUAAACCUACACAGUGUACUACUGGCUAAAUCUACACAGUGUACUUCUGGCUAAACCUACACAGUGUACUACAGGCUAAACCUACACAGUGUACUACUGGCUAAACCUACACAGUGUACUACUGGCUAAAUCUACACAGUGUACUUCUGGCUAAACCUACACAGUGUACUACAGGCUAAACCUACACAGUGUACUACUGGCUAAACCUACACAGUGUACUACUGGCUAAAUCUACACAGUGUACUUCUGGCUAAACCUACACAGUGUACUUCUGGCUAAAUCUACACAGUGUACUUCUGGCUAAACCUACACAGUGUACUACUGGCUAAAUCUACACAGUGUACUUCUGGCUAAACCUACACAGUGUACUUCUGGCUAAAUCUACACAGUGUACUACUGGCUAAACCUACACAGUGUACUACUGGCUAAACCUACACAGUGUACUUCUGGCUAAACCUACACAGUGUACUUCUGGCUAAACCUACUACAUGAGGCUCUGGUGCAAAGUAGAUCACUUGCUAAAGAAUAGGGUGUAGUUUGGGACUCGUCUCAGUUUGCAUCUUAGUCUCUGAAAUAAACCUAAAGAAGCGAACGAUUAUGGCCACCACAGCUCACACCUUGAUGGAGAGACCAACUGUCGAAACAUGAAUGUGUCACGUCAUAUAUAUACAUAUAUAUUUAUAUAUUCAACAAAUUGUCUUUUUUUUUUGCACAUUGUGUGUAUAGUUACCUUCUAGUGUGUACUAUGUAAAUAUUGUAAAUACUAAAUAUAUAUUAAAUGUAUAUAUACAGUGCCAGUCAAAAGUUUGGACAAACCAACUCAUUCAAUUGUUUUUCUUAAUUUGUUUUGCUAUUUUCUACAUUGUAGAAUAAUAGUGAAGACAUCAGAACU